CAUCUAAACGCGGCUAAGCAAAAGUAAGAUAGAAUUUUACAAGGAGGAGGGAUUUCUGUUCAUCUAACUGUUUUGCACGGCGAUGAAAGGAUAUUCGGCCCUAACAUAAUAGAUCGAAAGAGUGAAAAUAUAUUGUUGUUGUCACAUGAAGAAAUGAUCGCGUUGUAUUGAAGCUCGAAAUUAUAUCAGUGGUUCAUAUUGGGUUGCGUGUCGAACUAAGAACACGUGGGAAAAGUGAAAUAAAAUUAACUAAUAAUAAAUAGCUGAUCUUUUAACGGCCUCAGCAAGCUCAGAAUAGACUGAAGGAGUGCAAUUGUAAAUAGCUAUAAUUAAUCGGACGGACGUCAAAAUGUCUACAAGUGCCAAAGGGAGAAAAAACACGCACAAAAAUAAUUCUUAUACUUUUGCUCGGCCGGAAAAAUCUUUCAAUGGAAACAAAUCAUCGGAUGCAUCGGAUUGCGAAAAGAAAUGGUUCGAAGUUUAUACGCAAUAUCCAUGUAGCGGCGAAAUCGAAGACAUGAAAGAGAGUGAAUUUACGGAACUGUGCAAGAUUUGCCGUUCCUCAUACGAGCAAGAAAAAUCGACAUUUUCAAAAAAAAAUCCAUCGGAUGUUCGGUGGUUACAAAGUGCUCUACGUAAGGGCACAGCUAAGGAUCGUGCAAAUGCUGGUGUGCUUUUAGUUGCAACUAAUCCCUUAGCCAGCUUAGAUGUGUUGGCUAUAUUAAUGGAUCUUACUAGGCUAUCAAAUAAAUCCUGUACUGAUGUUAUCCCUGUUGUAACCGAUAUGUGGAAGGAAGUUUUGUUACCACCACACCGCAAGCUUUACUCUAUCCAAAUGCGCGCUGCCGAUUGGAAAAACGUACGGAAAGAUGCUUCUCUAACAAAUGAAGAGAAGCGACGUAUAUAUGCUUAUUGGCAUUUUGAAAAUGAACUGAAGGAUCAAUACUUUGAAUUUUUGAAGAAUAUUCAACAGGGAAUACAAAAGGGUCAAGAAAUUAAUAAAAAAGUGUCAAUAGUGCACGCGGCUCAGCUGUUAGCCGUUGCUUCUGAGAAGGAGCAAUUAUUACUAACUAUGUUAAUUAACAAACUGGGGGAUCCAAUUGCUAAAAUAGCUUCUAAAGCUUUGCACCAUUUAACGGAAAUAGCAUAUCAACAUCCGAAUAUGUGCGGAGUUAUCGUGACAGAAACUGAAAAGCUGCUUUUUCGAAAUAAUAUAUCUGAUAGAGCUCAGCAUUUUGCUCUCUGCUUUUUGGCAAGCAUUGCAUCUUUAUGCCAUACAAACAUAUGUACGAAGCUUUCUCACAUAUGUUUCUCCCUGUUUAAGGUACUUGUGGCGAAAGGUGCGGUUAAUAAUCGUACCAUGCAAGCAAUACUUCGAUGCCUACAAAAGGCUAUUGCGCAUGGAAAACAAACAGAGGACAAUAAUGAAAUGCUUAGUGAAGACAUGCGAAACACAAUAUAUCGUUUGGUGCACUUAGCUGAUAUACGCGUUUCGGUACAAACACUGGGUUUGUUAUUACAGUUUGUAACGGUAAGGACGGAAAAGAGCGACCGUUUCUAUAACGCGCUAUAUGCCAAACUGCUUGAUUUAAACCUUACAACGAUUGGUGGUAAAACUGCUGCUCAAUUCCUUCACAUUUUUCACCGCGCCGUACAUUACGAUUCGAAUAUACAUCGAGCGAAAGCGUUUAUUAAGAGGUUAUUUCAGUUAGCCUUAUAUAUGCCAUCAAAUAUAUCUGCAGGCUGUUUGAUAGUCAUUCAUAAAUUGCUGCACAGUCGUAAGGAGUUAAUUAAAGACGGAAAGGAAGAUAACUUUGUAGAGAAAAGUUUUGUUGAUAUUGAAGACUUUGAAAAAUUCGAUGGCGAUUGCGAGGAGAAGUAUGAAGAUGUAUUAGAUGAUGAUGUCGAACAAACAAAAAAGAAGAAUUUCGCCAAUGAACCAAAGUCUACAAAUAAUGAAAAGGAACACUCAUCCUGGCAUCAUGCAAAAUUUAAUCCGUCAUCUAGAGAAGAAAACGUUUUCGAGUUAAAUGACUAUAAAAAAACGUAUGAUCCGUAUCAUCGUUCACCUACAUAUUCUGGGGCUGAGUUUGCAGCGCAUAAUGAGUUGUUAUGCUUACAUAAGCAUUUUCAUCCUACAAUUAAAGUAUUUGCCGAAAACAUUACAGAAGGUAAACGAAUCAAUUAUUAUGGCGAUCCUUUGAAUGAUUUUGGGUUAUCUCACUUCUUGGAAAGAUUCUCAUUUAAAAAUCCUAAAAAGAUUAAUGAAUUAAAAACUGAAAAUCAAGUGGCACAUGGAAAGGAUUAUCUGGCAAAAGGCUCACGUGGCUUGCCUAUAAAAUCUCUGACGAAGGCCACUUGUACCGAAGAUGAAAUAUACAUUUUCAACUUUUUCGAACAAAAGCGUCAAAAAGCUGCUUCUAAAGAAAUUCGACCGUUAGAUAACGAGGACGAUGAUUUACAAACAAAUGAAGUCAACGAUGAUGAGUUUGAAGAAUAUUUAAAUGGUUACUUUGGUAAAAAAGUUAAGAAGGGAGAAAGCGAUAAGGACCAGCAAGACUUGGACUUUCUCAAGGAGCUGGGAGAUGAUCUUCAAGCCGAAACGACGAAGGGUAAAAAGAAAAAAGAGAAAAACAAUGUUGACGUGGAUGAUGCAAAUGAUGUCGACUGGACGGAUGACGAAGAGGAUGCUGAUUUCAUUGGUAGCGAAAAUUCGGAUGAUGAAAAUGGUUCCGCUAGUUAUGAUGAAGAAAGCGAUGCCUCAACAUCAGUAAAUGAAAGCGAAUGCAGUGACAGUGAUAAGCCGGCCGAGCCAAGUUUCGAUAGCCCGUCAAUAAAAUCGAAAAGGUUACGUAAACCAUCUACAUCUUCCCACAUGGAUGGAAGGAGCUUUGCAAAGAAAUUGAAAUCUAGUGACGAUAUGACGAAGUUAUUCGCCGCCGCUGAUGAUUUUUCAGAAUUAUUAGAGUCUUCAAAAGGAAAUAAGGCACAUGGAACAAUAAAUGCGGUAUUUAAUAAAGAUAAAUCAUCAGAAAAGCAGUUAAAAUGGGAAGAAGCUCGCCGCUCCAAUUCAAAAACAUAUAUGGGCCACCGAAAAAAAAAAUGUCGCAAACAAUAAAAUAAAAUAUGUCCUUGUAUUUUAUUAUAACAAAACCGGUCCCUAACCAAAGGCCCAGUUAGUUUAC